ACUACUGAGGCUUCGUAUGAGCAGUUUUGUGGUGUAAUGAGGAUAGCAGUAAAUAUUGCUGCCAGCUCUGCAAUUGAAGACGAGGAGAAUGUAGUAACCAAUGCAGAUGAAAAGGAGACCAUAAGUGAACAUGGGUUCGUUUAA